AUGCCUGCGGUAUUGUUACCUGCGUCUGCGCAGGCUUUCGCUGCUCGAGGAACUGUCAACGUUGUAUUAAGCAACAAGGUAGAGCCCUGGCUCACUGCCACACUCAAGAGAAUCAACAAGAUCAAACGACCAUUGAACAGCGUCCCUCAACACACAAGAUGUCUCACAGAAACACUAUCGUCGACGAAUGCUAUAUGGUCGUUAUGUUCAAUCAUGGUACCGAAGGCGCCCGAAACAGAAUUGCGAAAGGACUCUAACCCUUUGGUGGAAGCCAUCUUCAACUACCAAAUGCUCCAAAUAGAAGCCUACGUCGUACAUGUCGAUAUGGUCUCGCGAAAUGAAGUAGCAUUUAAGUUGACACAGGAUACGAUAGACGCCUUGGUAGAGUACCACAAAGAGAUCUUCUCCAUUGACACAUCAGCCAACACGUGGGCAUGGCCUGACAAGGACACCCAACUCAAGAAGUUACAGGAAGAGUUCGUACAGGCUGCGAACAAAUUCGUGUAUCGAACGAGUGCCCUGGCGCUAGAAGGACUUGAAGAAGAUGGUGCAGGCGAACUCCUUUGUGGUCGAGGCGAUGAGGUCAGGAACCAGAUUACUGGGCUCUUUGUGCCAUUACUGCCUCCACCACCCAAGCCAGUCGUCGAGAUCAUUCGCCCUGCUCCCAUACUGCCGAGCUCUACCAUCGCUGAAACCUGGUGGCCUUCCCAACAUAUCUCGGCUGUGCAGCCUCCAUCUAUUGACACAUGGAGGAUUGUUCCUUCAAGCCCGAGUCCAGUCUCGUCUUGUCACUCACACAACGGUUACUACACCGAAGUAGGCAUGCCUGACAUGCACCAUCUACCCUCACCUACUCCGUCUUACUCAGCACCUUCGUACGACAGCACGCCUUAUUCGUCCGCUGCUUACACCUCAUCGACAUACUAUACCUCGUCGCCUGCAUGGUCAGCGCCGACGCCAGUUACUACGAUGUCGAUGUCGUCCUUACCUCUUCCGAGUAUGCUUGCUUCGCAGCCUUGCGGAACUUCUGCAAACAUGAACUUCGGAUGGGACAGGUAUAACGAGUACAUGAUGCCGUAUGCGACAGCAAUGUGA